GUAAUGUCAUUUUAGUUGUCACGAAAUGGAGUGCGAUUAGGACGUGUCCGUAAUAAAUAAUUAAACAUCCUUUUUAUUUACUUGUAAUGCUCUUAGCACUUCAAAAGUAACAUCAAACACGCUUUCGAUUAUGUUCAUUUCGUGCAAAGUUUUGUUCGACCCAAAUUUGCUGCGGAAAUAUGGAAGAGGAACUUAACGAAAAUGAUUUGGAGGAGCGGCUGUAUGCUAUGAUCCAUCAUGUAGACGGGACGCAAGCAGAUGAAAUCGCACAACAGAGGCAUGACGCAAGUCCGCGUGUUGACGAAGCGCCGCGAAGCACCGUGAGGCGCUACUGGCGUACAAAUAACAACAGCGCUUUCCAAAAAGUAAACACGCCUAAAGACGCUCCGACCAUCAGAAACACGCCCAACAACAAAACACCUGCAGUUGUAAACAAAAACACGCCUGUGCCCGUCAACAAAAGUCAUGCAGCCGCUGCCGUCUCCGACCCAAAGCCGAAAGAGGAGAAAGACGCACCCGACUCACCACCCGCUGGCCUGUUCAUAUUACAGAACACCGUACCUCAGAAUUAUACAAAAACAGUUGAAAUAUUAGAAAUCGAUGAAAGACCGAAGGUUUUCGAGCUGGAAUCAAGCGAUGAAGACGAAGUUGUUGAAGUUGCAUUACCACCCAAACCCACCAUCACUAUUGAGAGCUCUGAUGAAGAUGAGCUGAUUAUCCAAAAUGAUAAAAAUAUCAAAGAAAAAGACAAGAACAGUUCUAAAGAAAACAAGUCACCAAAUAAAAAUACAAGAGAUGUGUCAGCGAGUCCGGUUCCAUCAGUCCAGUCAUCAAUGUCUGAUGAUUUCAUCCGUGGUGACUGCUUAGCUCUCAACAUAUCCUCUGCACAGCCGGACAGCCAAAGCUUUGAUUUCAGCCUGCACGGAUCAGAUCUUAUUGGGGUUUCAACUCCUGCCAAGAAAAAGAAGAAGAAGAAAUCUAAAGAGAGGUUGACAUCCACUCCCAUCAACCCUGAAUCGUCUAUUCAGGAGCUGAAUAAUACAGAUAACAUCUUUGCCACACCAAAGAGUAAAGCGAAAAACAAGAAACCGAAGACAAAGUCCUAUACUGUGUCUGAGAAAAUCAUUCCAAACCCAGAUGUGUACGAUUCUGACAGCAAUCAGUCAGCUAUUGACGUAAAUAAAAAUCAUGAUGCUUACGCUGUUACGGAUAAAAGCUUUCCAAGUGCUGAUGUCUACGAAUCAGACUCAAGUGUGUGUGAAAUAAUCAAGGAAGUGGGAAAACAGCCAGCACCACAAAAGAAAGCAAAUGAAAAUGAUAGUUCCGACAGAAAUAUAUCUGUAGAGCUAUCAAACAACACUAUAAAUGUGACAGACAAGACCCUGGUUGUUGUAGAUCUGACAAGUGACUACACUACACUUGAUAGUACUCAGAUUGAAGAAAACAUUGUUAUCGGUAAUAUAUCUGGCUAUUCAGACGUACAUGAAUAUGGAGACAGCAUUGAGAACACAACUCGUGAAGAGCUCGGAGAGUUUUGUUCAACAAAAGUGCCACAGAUAUUGUACGAAGACCUGGACUUUGACAACCUGAAGGGGAAGAAUAAAGUGUGUAAGCGCCGGCGGUACUCGCUGACCACGCUGCGGGCCGAGAUGGACAAGUUUUACAAUGAAAGCUGGGGCGGAGAGAACUUUAACCAUCAGGAGAUUCAGAAGAACAUGUCACGAGAUAAGAGCUUGUGGGUGAUUGACCCAAAGGACAGAAUGCCAAACCCGCCGAAAAGGAGAGUCACCUGCAACUACUGCAAUCGCGUCGGGCACCGCGACGACACGUGCCGCCUGAAGCCGGCCGUGUGCUACAUGUGCGGGAACACUGGCCAUUAUGAACCGCGCUGCCCUCGCAAGAUCUGCGUCAACUGCGGCUCCCCGAACUUCAUGUACUCGACGUCGUGCCGCAGCUGCGCGCCGUGGCGCGGCCUCACGUGCGCCGAGUGCGGCCGGCCCGGCCACCCCGCCUCGCACUGCCCCGACACCUGGCGGCGCUACCACGCCACGAUCGACGAAAACAUGCCGUUGGAGCAAUGUGGAGAAAAGCCGCUCUACCAGCUACAGUGUAGCGGCUGCACCCGCCGCGGCCAUCUCGCUCACACCUGCCGCACCUUCCUCCCCCUCUGCUCUCUCCCCGUCCCCACCCCCCACGUCGCGCGCUACUUCCGCCUCUACCCCCCCACUGACACACCCAAGACCCACAAGCGGCUCUCCAAGUCACCCACCACGCACGAGACGCAUGCCAAUAAGAGGAGAAAUAUUUCUGACAGCGAUCUCAAUCGGUCGAGGACGGUUUCUGAAAAUGAACAAAAUCGUCCGAAGAAAAAAUCCGAGGACGGAUGGAACUCGAGGAUGAGGAAAAAUUCCGAAAGUGGAAAUCGGACGAGGAAAAACUCUCAAAGUGCACCCGCUAGCGAACCGAAGGAAGCCAAUAAUGCUGAGGCGGAGAAGGCGCCCGAUUUUAUUCCCGUCGGGACGAAUACGGACAGCAACGGCCAGGUAAUUCAGGACAAUGAGGUAUCCGACACGAGCGAGGUCAAAACAUCGGCUCGCAUCUAUAUGGCUUUUGAUGCAAUGAAGAGAUUAUCCACGCUGGAUGGCCAAGAUUGGCUCAAUCGGUGUAUGGACAGAUUCAACGUGGAUGUUCAAUACAGCAAUACUAGUUCUUUCCUAACUGUAGUCGGCACGGUAGGUGACCAAGAGGCUUUUCGUUCAGAGCUCAGGGCGUGGAGCGGCAGGUCUGAACCCGUGACUCCCGUGGCUGGCGUGGAAAAAGAACCACAAGCAAGAAUCGGUCUGAUACCCCAGAAGAAAAACGACGCAUUACGCAAACUUAACGCCGCUUUCGAGAUGCUCAAAAAUAAGAUAGGUGACCCGAAAGCGAUUUUCAAAGAGUUAACCUAUUUGCAAAACCGUCAUCAGACUAUAAAGAACCAGAAGGUCGUAAGUCCUUUGCAGUUGGAUAAAAACAGAGAAAGACUAAAUAAUAUGUUUAAGAAACUCAACAUGGUGCUCCUCGGGCAAGCUGGUCUAGCCGGAGGAGCCGAGCGUAUGACUGCGCUCUACUCUUUGCAAGAAAAAAUCAUCAACAUCAGAAAUAAAAAGGUACCCCGUCCCUUACGCUCGGAAAUAAGUCAACAUUACCAAAUCAUAUUCACGUCUCUGGCGCGCAACGACUACGCGGAUUUGGUCAAAAAGUUUUACACCACACGCCCACUUAAUCUCAAAACAAAUUCACCGAGCAAAACUAAAAAGAAAAAGAAGAUUGACCAACAACCGAAACCUGUUCUGGCGGUUAAAGAAGUAGUGAAUAUUCAAUCCACGGAUUUCAAUCCGAUGUCUAUCAUUGCAGAACAGCAAUCCCGGCGGCCAAUUGAGAAGGCUAUCAACAUGACGAAAAGAUUGUCGUGGUUCUACUCGCGGCUGUUAGAAAACCAGCCCCGAAACCAAGGCCACGAUCGCAACCCGAUGCGACUCGACAUCGCCAACAAAAUACUUGACGUACAAAAGUGCUUGAGCGAAUUUGAAGGCCAGAUAAAAAAAAAGCAAACGGAAACGAUGAGGAAUGCUUAUAAGGUUCUGCGGCAAGCAAAAGAAUUCCUAAACACCCCGUUCAGGAAGAAAACAAAAAAAGAAAAAAUCUUUUCUUAA